AGAGAGCUUCCUGAGUUGACCAGCUUGAACCUCGGAACCCUAGUCAAUAAUAAUAUCUGCCGGGCAGUCGGGAAUACAUGCAGCAAUCUCAAGGAAUUCAGACAUUUAAACCUGAAACUGACGGGCUACAACGGUCGAGGCCCCGCACAGUGCAGUCCAGAGUACCUUGAGGUUGUCCAAGUCCUUUGUCCAAAAAUUGAACAAAUGCAUCUCUGCAUGACUUGGCCUGAAACUUUCUUCCCACUUAGUAGAUUCAGGGAAAUUAGUCAUCUCUCAAUAUACAGAGUUUCUUCUGUGGACAACUUUGAUCUUCCUCUUAUGGCCUUUGGACAAAAACUAGUUAAACUUGAGUUGAAGAACUGUACAAACUUCCAGUCAGGAACUGCUUUAAAUAUUAGAAAAUACUGCACUGCUUUACAAAGCCUUAUUCUAGAGAUAGACAGUACUGACGCAAAUAGUAAUGCUGGGCUUUCAGAAGCCCUCGGAGAUCAAAAUAUUCUUACUCUUCAAAACCAGGUGUCAAGUCUACAGGAUCGACUGAACACUCUCCAGAUGACCAUGCUGAAUGUGAUGAACAAAUAUGGAAACCUCUCCAGAUUAGAACACUUACAUUUAAAGAAUCUGAGUAUGGGAAGCCUGCUUAUUCUUCUACCUUUUGCACCAAAUCUAGUGAAGUUAACACUUAAGUUUUCACUGAGAAGCGAUGAAGCUGCUCCAAAUCUGACAGAUUCACUUUUCCUGAAAAUAUUUGAAAAAAAUAGUUUUUCUAAAGUGCAGGCUAUUGAAAUCUGGUGUAAAACUCUAUCAGUUCGCACAGCAGAAUGGUUUGUACAUAAUUGUACAGAACUAAAGUCUCUAAAAUCUCUUUCAUUCUGGAAUGUGAAUGAGGAAGAGCAAGUAGCACUGUGGCGGGAAGGAAGAAGAAGAGAACCUGUUCCUGUGGAAAUUGAUUUCUAAAUUGAUUCUAAGAAAAUACAACUAAAAUAAAAUAAAUAUUUUUCAAUUA